AUGAACCCCAACCCCCUGUGUUCCUACAGGCAGGAGCAGGCCUCAGUGUUGGAGGACCUGGGCCUAGGGCCUGCCGUGAAGGACUUCAACCCAGAGGGAGACUCCCUCCACAAGUUUAAGAUCGGCCCUGGCCCAGAGAGGUACUGGAGACUGCACAUAUACUGCCCGCCUAGCAUCCAAUUCAAGUGUAAUUCCACUAGGUCCAUCCGAUCGUUCGCCAACGACGACUGCCACGUCAUGGCCAAGCAUGCCGACAUCUACCCUUCGCCAGAGGAGCUGGAGGCUGUCCAGAAGCUGGUAUCCACCGUGGAAUGUGCCCUCAAACAGGUGUCGGACUGGAUGGACAACCUCAACGCCUCCCUAAGCAAGGCCCCAACCACCACCAUCAACAUCAAGGCUACUGGAGACUCUACCGGCACCCACGGCAGCACAAAGACCCAGAGUGUGUCGAUCCUGUGUGGGGUGAUGCGGGUGGGUCUUGUGGCUAAGGGCCUCCUGGUUAAAGGAGACAUGGAUUUGGAGCUGGUCCUGAUGUGCAGAGACAAACCCACCAAAUUACUUCUGUACACUGUUAGUGCCAACCUGCCCUUGCAACUACAGACGCUGACGGAGGACAAGUACGAGGUGCGGUCGAGCGUGUCGGAGUCCGCCAUCUGGGUGGUCAACAUCAACGACCCCAAAUUCUCCCUGAAGGUCACCCUGUCCUCACUGGCCAUGAGAGAUGAACACACUGCCAAAGACCAAGAGGAAGGUGUGGAGGUGGAGGGGCUUGAUGAGGUGCUGGACGGGCGGUGGUGCCAGGCUGCCCUGGCAACGCUCAGACACACCAAAUGGUUCCAGGCCAGAGUGACCGAUCUGAAGUCGUGUGUCAUCGUCAUGCGUGUUUUCAGAGACAUGUGCAACAGACUAACUGUGUGGGAACCUCUCAAAGGAUGGCCCCUAGAGCUGAUCUGUGAGAAGGCCAUAGCCACCUGUGACCGGCCUCUGGGGCCCGGAGAGGCCCUGCGCAGGGUCAUGGAGUGCAUCGCCUCAGGGAUCCUCCUCCCAGAUGGGCCGGGAGUUCACGACCCCUGUGAGAAGGAGCCAACAGACACCUUGUCAGUGAUCACAGGCCAACAGGCUCAGGCGAUCACUCUCAAUGCACAGCAUGCGCUACGCCUCCUAGCCUUUGGACAGCUUUAUAAGGUCCUGAAUAUGAAUCCUCUCACUCCAACCAAACCGUCACACAGAAUCUCCGGGUUGGACAAAGGAACCUGUCGUAAAAGGCAGCACGAAGACAGACACAUUGACGACAGACAGCUCUUCAAGAGGAUGAAACACAACCUGAUGAGAGUUCUGGACAAUAACAUGAUGGACCCAAACCACCCCAUGAACGCCCUGAUAAGACUGAACCAGGUCCACCCAGGGCUGCAGUACAAGCUAUUGUCCCAGUCCGGCCCGGUCCACGCUCCAGUCUUCACCAUGUCUGUGGACGUCCACGGCACAGUCUACGAGGCUUCCGGCGCCUCCAAGAAGACGGCCAAACUACGAGUAGCACUUAAGGUCCUACAGGCACUAGGUUACCCAGCUGACUUCGAUGUGGACCUGGACUCCCUGAGUGCUGACGAGAGGUCUGACGGCAAGGGACGCAACCAUAGAAGUGAUAGAAACGACAGAAUGUCCACCAGCUCCAGCAGAAACUCUGUCACCUCCUCCUCAGACGCACACGAGUCCCGCACCCCAGGCCCUCUCCUUACGGCAGGGGGCAAGAACCCAGUGAUGGAGCUGAAUGAGAAACGCAGAGGCCUGAAGUACGAACUCCUAUCAGAGACCGGCGGCAGCUACGACAAACGCUUCAUCAUGGAGGUGGAGGUUGAUAAACAGAAGUUCCGAGGCUCGGGGCCCAAUAAGAAAGCGGCGAAGGCUUGCGCUGCCCUGGCUGCUCUGAAGAGACUCUUCUCUGACUCCAAAGACCCCUGCAACAAGAAGAGGAGACCUACCACCCUGGUGAAGAGAACUGUGUCAUCAACUGUGACUAUCCCAGCCCAUGCCCAUUCCAGGCCUAGAACAAGACCAGUGAUGCAUAGAGCACCCUACAUCAGCGCUCCCCCCACCCAUGGCUACCUCCCAAUAGGCUAUGGAGCUCCAUAUGGUUAUGGUACUGCAGCUUACCUCCCUGCCUAUGGUAAGCACAUUGUUCAUACCAGAGCCAGGACCAGCAGCUACUAG